UAACAAUAUCCUACGAUGCAUUGGCUGACAUGCAUUUGCUGACAUUGACACAAUCACAUUUUCAUGAAGUAUGUUUCUAGAAAAAUCAUUCUUUUUAUCUCUUCUCUUAGUAUUAUCCCAACCGAAUGCACUAUUAUCUCAAGAAUUGCUUGAAACAAACAGUAAACCACACCACAACAUAAACGUUGUCGUCUUUUUUGCAAAUGCCGCCACGAAGUUGUCAUGUCUUCAGAAGGAUUCAAUGGACUUCCUAAAUUUCCAUAAAGUUGCCAGAGUCAAGCAUAAUUGUCAUGGCGAAGCUACUGAAGCAGAGAAAACAGAAGAAACAUCAAAAUUAUGCAAAGAUCUUCUAAAAGAAAGCUUGAUGACUUUAACUCAUUAUUGUCAUUCAGUUUUAAAGAUGAAAACAGCCAUUGCUGCAGUAUCCAGUACUGAAAUAUCCAACGACAUUCAAGAACCAGAGGCUCCAUACCAUCCAUCCAACGUAGUGUUCGAAUCAGAAACACCAAAAGUUAAGCGAGCUUUGCCAAUAUUGCACUACGAACAACCUUCUAAGAACACUAUUAUACAACCUAACAAUGAAAAUAAUAAAAGGACUAUUAUUACCACUCCUAAACAUACCGAAGUGUUCCAAAUCAGAGUUAAAAGAAAGGUCAAAAAAAGGGAGACUGAGGAAGAUGUGAACGUACCUUACGAGGGCCAUCAUAAAAAGAAACCUAAAUGGGAUGUGUUGGAUGUUAUGAAACACGUGAGGUAUUCGUUUUUGGGAAAGAUGUUUGAAGAUAAGAUAAAGAAUCGUUUGAGUGAAGACGAAGACGAUUUCAUCGAUAUAGGCAACCUGGGUAAAGAAAAGGAAGACCCCGGUCUAUUUGAAACUGUCAAAUCAACACUGACGACGCUUCAAGAUACUCCCGAAGCAAAUUUUCUGAUGGUAGUGUUUGGUGGUCAUUUGCACGGGAUAAAAAAUAAACACAGUCCGAUGAUUCAAAGUGUGAAACACGUUAUGGAAAACACUAACGCGGAGGAUACUUUGAUUAUUGUUACAGGAUCAUGUAUAGAAAAUGAAAAUAAAGAAGAGUCGGCAGCUGAAGAACAGGAGCAUCCGGAAACAAUACCUGUUUAUGCUAGAGGUCCAAAAUGCGAUAUUUUAUCGGAAUGUAACGUGCUAUACGAUCUACCAUUAACAAUACAGAAAAUUUUAGGGCUUGAAAAUGGUUCAGGUUUCGAAGAUCUACAAGCUGAAAAUAGUUUAACACAGUAAUCUGAAAAGAUGUAAAAGUAUUUGUAAUAUCCUAACUAAUUUAGAUAAUUACUUAUAUCUGUAUAUUUAAAAUAUAUAUCUUUUAAAGAGUAA